AUGGCUCCUUUUGCUGCGACCAGAGGCGCUGGCGGUUCAUCCGCAGGCUUUGCGCCCAUAAAUGCGAACCGGGAACCCAAUGACCCUGAAAUUAUCGAAAUCGACGACGACGAUGACGAAGAAGAACCAGUGAAUGAAGAUGAAGUUGGGGAAGAGGAAGUAACGGAGGAGGACGAAAUGGACGAGGACGAGGAUGUGCCAUACAGUGAUGAAAUCGAGGGGGAAGAAGAUGAGGAGGAAGACGAGGGAGACCACUUCGCAGGGCAAGUGAAUGGGAUCAAGGCAAGGGUAAAUGGCUAUGCGAAGGCCGCCGCUGAGGAUUCUCGAGCAGGAGAAACCACUACCCCCGAACUCUUCACCUCUGCCGGCGCACAGCAAGCACUACAUCCCCUUCGUCGGACGGCUGAUCGUGUAACGCGCCAAAUUGAGGCAUUCGCCGAGAAGCUGGAUCGGUUCAAGCAAAAGGGCAACAGGACCGAUGACUUUGGACGUUUCCAGGCCGCCUACCAGCUCGUGAAGAGCUACCAGACGUUUACGCAAGAUGCUAUUCAAGACAUUUCGAAGCAGUCUACGUUGAAGCGCGCCAAGAUGGGAUGGUCCGCCAGUCGAAACGAGACCGCAGCGCAGGAUCCAAAGACCGAAGAGGAGCUCCAACGACUACAAUUGGAAGCGAAUACCUGGCAGCUCCUUCUUAACCUCAUCAGUAUUGACAAUCCGGCCGGUCAUGAAAUGGACAAGGAAGCGCAGGAGACGGCAUUCCAGAAACUGCACCGAUAUUCGUCCGAUCGCGAAGUCUGGGAGCAAUUCCUCACUGCGGAUCCCUACGCCCGUGAAUGUGUGAUAGUCAUGAAAUGGCUCGAACAUACUGCCAAGACUCAGUCUGAGGAUAUCGAUUCGUUGAUUGCCGAUUUGGAGAAGCAGGCGGAGCGCGGACAAGGCCUGUGGGCGCAUGGCUGGCUUUACACCAAGGAGGCUAUCAAAGGACAGAAACGACUGCGCGCCUGGCCACAACCUCUCGAGCCCAACGAUCCCGGUAUCACUAUUUCACUACUGCGUUCGGACAAGUCGGGGGCGUUGAUCACACAGUUGGAUCCUGAUGCGAUUACACGACAAAAGCACCUUCUUCAGAAACAGGAUCAAUUUCACGAACGAGCUACCUGGAUGACUUGCUGGAAGAUGGUUAGGCAGGGUGAGAACUGGACUAAGAUAAGGGAAUGGGCACAAGAGCGCUUGGAGCAUUGGCGGGCGGUCAGUCUGUGUGGUUCUAGUGUCGACAAGGUUUCGCAUGUUGGAAAGACUCCAGUGGAUGACGGCACUACCCGCAUGAUGAACUUCCGCUCUCACGGACCCUGGCAAUCCGCCUGCUCAGCUCUCGCGCAUAACUCGACCUCAGAGGAUUUCGAGCGUGCGGUGUACGCGUUGCUUUGCGGCGAGACGGAGGCGGCCUUCAAGGUCUGCCAAAACUAUGACGACUACCUCUAUGUUCACUUCAACAGCGUCGUGCUCGGUCGUUACCAAGGAUUCUGCAAACAGUUUCAGAGGAAGCUUGCUUUCUCGCCCACACAACCGGCUACCUUUGUGCCUGAGCCUACUGGUUACAACGACACCAGCAAGUUCCUGCAAGCUGCCAAGGGCAAUGAACGCAUUGGCGCUGAAGCACGGAACCCUUACCGUACUAUUCAAGCAGUCAUUCUGGGCCGCGGAUAUGACAGCUUCUUCCAGCGGUUGGCUUCGGCGGUUUCGCACGUGGCAAAUAGCAAGUCUGACGGCUCCAGCUAUGUGCCUGAACUGUCGUCCGUGCCGGUUGAUGAGUCGCUAUUUAUCGCUGCGCAGGAUGAAGACUCCCUGAGAAUCGCCACACACCUUUACCUUGUUGUGGACUCGAUUGGCUAUGUUCGCUCCGACACGCAAUUCUUCGAAAACGUGUCCGUGAACGUGACUGGAUACAUUUCGAACCUGGAAGAAAGGGACCUGUUCGAUGUCAUCCCACUAUAUGCAUCGCUUCUGCCUCAACACUUGGCGCACUCUGCUCUCGGUCAGAUUCUGCUUCAAAUUGUGGAUCCACGGGAGAGAAAGCAGCAAGUGCGACUUAUGGAGAAGCAUGGGAUCGAUAUCGAAGCUGUUUUCGAGGACCAGUGGGCGUGGGUUAGUGGUAGCGUCGAGGCGGUCGAACACUCGACGACCGUCAAACGGUAUUCCAAGGUCCUACGGAGGUCUGACGGAUCACCGUACCUGGCCCCUGUGCGGAAGGAUCUUAUUGGAACAUCUAUCACGGAACUUGAUGAUUACAUGAUUCGCAGUUUGGAAUGGCUUCGGUAUAUUGACGGUCAGUGGGGUAAGAUUUGCCAUCUGGGCGCUCAGUUGUACCGGAGGUUUUUCAUCUCCGGUAAACUUGCCGCCGCUCGAGAGUUGAGUCGACGCAUGAACCUCUCAGAUCUUUCACGUGAAUCGUUUGGAUUCGACGUCGCUGAGUUCCCUAUGGAGAUGGAGGAUGGUGUAGACGCGUCAACACCGGAGCCUAUGAGUCCGAGUAAAAUCAGACUCCCUGGCUCUGCGCAUAAGGGGAGUCGGUCGAAUGGCAUCACGAAUGGUGCCCAGCAGAGCAUCCUGUACCAGCAAUCGCAGACGAUGCGUGAUCUGGAGGCUUUGAUUCUUGCCUUUGAUGCGUUGGAAAACUUUGCCACGUUAUGGGAGAAGCUUGACAAGUAUGGUUUCCUCUUUUCUUUACAGAGUUUACAGUGUAUUAACGUGAUCAGGAACCGUCGUCGACGGGACACUGGUACGACCAAGAACCUUCGGGUGGAACUGCAGGAAGCGCUGGACGAAAUCGGGUUGAAUGUGGAUGCCAUUCUCGACGAGUGGCUCAUUCCUGCUGAUAACGAACCAAAUGUCUCUGAACUUGAAGAAAUCCGCCUAACCUACAUCCCCGAACUAUUCCUCGACUACCACAACGCCUUGUACUACGCCGCGCACGUCCUCACCGGAGAAAUCUUAGUCCAAUGCAUGAACCUAGGAAUGCAAGUAUCCGAGAACGAGCACCUAACGCGCAGCUUCGUCGGCGCCAAGCGCAUGCGGGAACUCGUCGACGCGUUGGCCGUCUCCAGCAAGGCGAUGGUGAAUACGCACUCGGAGCCGGGGAAGAGGUUGCUUGGAGGCGAGAUGCUGGGCAUUUGGAAUGUAAAGGUUGACUCGGAGGAGGAUGAUGAGAUUCGGAUGGCGAGGUCAUGA